AUGAUGUGUAAUGGUGAGUUCUUACAGAAAGAUUCUGAUGAGGCCAUAGAAGACCUCAAUGAGCAUGCUGAAAAAGUUCACACUUGGACUGAACCUAGUGUUACUGAAAGCACAAAUAGGUCACAACCUGCAAGAAACCCAAAUGGUGGUGGAAUUUACCAUCUCAGAGAAGAAGAUAGUCUAAAGGCUAAGGUUGAGAUGCUCACUAAGGAGCUAGAUGUGUUAAAGACUAAGGAUUUAAAGCUAACACGCAUGGCUAAUCAUGCAGAGACUUUUGGACCAUAUUUUGUGUGUGGCAAGUCAUCACACAUUCCAACAAUUCAAGAUAAUAGUGAUGCUGAGGGGCCCAAGGAACCUGAGGUGACAAAGAAUCCUGUUAAGGUACCAUUCACUCAAGCUUUGAAAUCAAGCAAGCGAACUUUGGAUCCUAACAAUGAAAUCCUAGAGAAUCCAAGGCAGAGGAAGGACCAUGUGAAGAAGAUAGCGUUCCUGACAGAGCAAGUUAGUGCUCUAAUUGAGCAGCGGAUUCCUCUCAAGUACAAUGAUCCUGGUUGUCCAACCAUUGCAUGCAGUAUUGAAAAUCAUGAGUGUGGCGCCCCCGACCCCCAUUUGGGGUUAGGAGAAAUCAAACCAACCACUGUGGUGUUGCAAUUGGCUAACCGUUCAGUCAAUGUACCUCGGGGUGUGGUAGAGGAUGUUCUAAUUCAAAUUGACAAAUUUUAUUAUCCUGUUGAUUUCCUAAUCCUAGACACUAGCUCUGUUGUUGAUACUAUGAUGGGUAGGUAUUUCCUUGCCACUGCUAAUGCUCUUAUUAUUAAUUGCAGGAAUGAGCUCAUGAAACUGUCUUUUGGAAACAUGAUUCUCGAGGUGAAUAUCUUCCAUAUUACAAAACAGCCAGAAGAUGAUGACGAGAGCCACCAGACAUACAUGAUUGACUCACUCAUAGAUAAAGGAGUUUCUACAGUUCAUGAUUUUGAUCCCCUUGAGUAUUUUCUUAAUAAUUAUGAGUUUGAUUCUAUCAGUGAUCUAUCUGAUGUAGUUGAUAUUUGUACUAUUUUUUAUAGAACUCAUGAUUAUGGCACUCAGGCAUGGCAACCAAAAUUUGAGGAUCUGCCUGAGAAAGGUGAAAAAUGA